UCAACAUAAUGCAGCAGUUCUAGCUGAAUUUUAACCACGCAGAGCCUAAUUUCCAUAUGCAGAUCUGUCUCUCCCAGCCGUACCUCUCGCCAUCACACCAUUUCUUGCAUUCUAAUGCAUUUUCACAUCUUUAUAAUAUCCCCCCCCCCUCUCUUCCACGACACGCUGAGGAUGUGCGGCUUUUUCUUCCCCCCCGGUCCAGUUAAAAAACCCGUCAUUUCUGCACGUUUAAAAAGCCAAUUGUCCCGGUCAGGAGAGGCACAAUUAAACGGGCUGCUUCGCAUAUGGUUUUACUUUGGCAUCUUUCAUCGAUACGAGUCAGUGGAGACAAUAAGGGGGGAGGAAAAGGAAUGCACGCGACGGCAAUCUUCUCUUUUCUUUUCUUUUCCGCGCGGAAGCGUCGACCUCCCGCUCUGCUUUCAACAGGAGGCAGUCCAUCCACGAGAAGCCUCUGUCGCCUGGAUGAGAAAGUAUUUGCAUCAAGGCCAGGAGAUUAAACGUGUGGGUUGGGAACUGGAGAGAGCGCGUUGUCUCGCUUGGGGCCCCCCGAUGCCAGAGUUCUCGCUUUCAUCGCGCGGGGUGAGAGAUUUCUCCUGGACGUUUCGGCCUGUGUGGCUACAGGGGCUACAUGUUCAGUGCAUCUUUGCUGGUGUGCUGCUUCCUGCUGCAGAGGAACGUUGCGACCACAGAGGGGCAUCAUGGGACCAACCGCCACGUCUUCUAUGCGGUCCAAAUGAAAGGAGGCGCCAAGGCGGCCCGAGCUCUGGCCGAGCAGCACGGGCUGCAGUUCAUACAGCGGGUUGGCAGCCUGGAGGGCCUGUACACCCUGAGAGACAGCAGGGGGCGCCCUGACAGAGUCGCCUUUGAGAGGAGACUUGUGACGGCAGCAGGGGUUCUCUGGGUGCAGAGGCAGCACAGUCACUACAGAGACAAGCGCGUUCCCCUGAUGGGACCACACUAUGAUCUCAUAAAAAGUUCCCAGAGGAAACGGUCUACAGCGGACAGCCCGUCUGAGGAGAGGAAGGAGGCCCAGACUCUCACCUUCAAUGACCCACUCUGGCCCAUGCAGUGGGAACUGUUUGCACAGGGUGAAUACAGCUCCGGUGGGUUUGAUCUGAAUGUGAUGCCAGUUUGGAGGAACAACAUAACGGGAAAAGGAGUGGUCGUCAGCAUCAUUGACGACGCUCGCGCGCGGUACCCCAUUAGGCAGAGGUUUGGUUUUGGAGUGUUGGACGCGGGGCUGAUGGUGCAGCAGGCUGUGCUGCUCCGCACUGCUGCUCCACAGAGGAAGUGCAAGCAAGAGGAGACGUUUUAUUCAGACAGAUUUAUCCCUGCUGGAGGCCAAGUGAGCAUCAACAUUGAAUCUGAUGGCUGCCAAGGGAGAGCCAAUGAAAUCAACACUUUGGAGCAUGUGCAGGUGAGAGUCAGAAUUACUGCAGCGUGUCGUGGCGACCUCUCCAUAAGUCUGGAGUCUCCAGGUGGCACAGUGUCUCUGCUGCUGGAUACUCGGCCCUACGACGCCUCGGCUGCUGGCCUGAAGAAUUGGACCAUGAUGACAGUGCACUGCUGGGGAGAGCAGGCACGAGGCCUGUGGACCCUUAAGGUGACUGACCACAAAGGCACUGUGUGGAGCUGCGCGAGGCCGAGUGAGGAGGAGGUUGCAGGAGCUUUGCUUAGCGCCACACUCAUCCUGUACGGCACCUACCACCCACACAGGACCAGGCUCGAGGUGCCCCUGCAGAGCAUUGUGUCCAUGGGGUGGCGUCACCCCGUCCCUCACGGUGGGCUGUACAGGAGGGACAGCUCCCCUCCUCUGGAUCUGAUUCAGUGGGUCUACCAAAUGGAGAGGGACAGGAAAGUGCAAGCAGACGACAUCACGUUGCCAGCCAAACACAAGAUCUUGGAAACUACAGGAGACAGAGUGACAAACAUGAGCCUCAUCAAGCCCCCGGCAUCAAGGAGGGCUUUAAAGCUACAUCCAGUAGAUGUUCUGCGGCUGUCCCCCCUAAGACCUGGAUCUGCCCCUAAGAUGAAAACAAGACCUAAAGGAAGACGAUGGAGUGAUGGAGCUGGACCUUAUCAUCGCAAAUCGCAAAGGAGUUCGCCAUAAAGAAGGGGACAACUACUGGAACCUUUAAAUUUGCUGGUUGAAGGCUAUGUGAGCAGGAGAGCAGGGGUUGUGGGGGGUGAGGGAGCUGGAGACACAACAUGAAGCACGGUUAAAUAAAGACUGUUGUUUUCCUUUGUGCAGCAAGCCAAUUGAUCACAAAUCGAUUUGUGUACUAUAUUUCUACUGUGUGAGCCCAGUGUCAGCUGUGAUUAUUGCUUGUGAAUUCUAAACCCAAUCCCUCUUCCCGCCUGCCUAAACGCACACAAACAUAUAAAUCCCCCCCCCCCCGUCCCCUCCUUCCACCACCCAAAAAGAAAAAAAGCUAAUAGUUUUGGGAGGAGGUUUCAGCGUUCACCUCGGCUCCUCAGUUCGCCUCUGCAAGUUGCAAAAGGUUAGCGAGCGAUAUGUUUGUCUUUUUCCACCUCAGUGAAGGGUGAAUUCAGCUCAGUGCAAUAAGAAAUGGAUUACCCGUUCAUUAAGGGGGCUGCGUCACUCCUCAUUGAGCUGGACAAAUAACAAAUUAAUUCCUAGCCGCCUAAUUUCUCUCUGUUCUCUGCUGAAUUUUCGAUAGCGUCGAAUUACUGAUCACAGCCGCGUGAGCUCCCGCAACUUUUUUUUUUUUUUUUUUUUUUAUCAAUUCCACACAAAUGUGCCACAGCGGAGAUGGAGUUAAGGAAAAACAUCGUCCUAUGUUUCUGCCGCAUGCCUCCUUCAGCACCCCAACACAGCAAAAGCAGAAAGCUGGUGGGAUAUUACAAAAAAUAAAUAAAAACUAAAACAAAACUUCAAAAGAAAAAGGAACUUUUCACUACUAUAACAGUAUUUUAUCAGGGAAAUCUCAAUCUUCUUUUUAUCAGUCAAGUGCAGGUCAGUUGCUUGUGGUGUUUUGUAAAGUAGCAGUGGUGUAUUGACAGGCUGGUAUUGAUGUUUCAAUUAGAGCAGCGUUACAUAGUGCUGCAGCAUGGUAACACGGUGCGUCUCCUGCCAUCUGCUCUGCCUCCACGUCUGACGAACGAGGCACGUGGGGCUAAUCGAGCCGCACAUGAGCGAUGGCACCCCGAUAUCUGUCUCACACACACACACACACACACACAAACGCACACACACACGUCCUAGGCGCACGUUCUUAUGCAGAAAAAUGGCGCUGAGGAGUGUGUGUGUGUGUGGGGGGGGGGGGGGGGGGGGUUCCUUGGCCCUGCUGUUUAAAGAGCACCACAGAAAAGCUAGCAUUUCCUUCUCUCUCUCUCUCUCUAUCUCUCUCUCUCUCUCUCUCUCUCUCUUUCUCUCUCCCCUCGCUUGUGCCACAGGAGCCGCCAGCAGGUUAUUUCUCCGACAAGGAUCCGGGGCUAAAGCACCAGAUGCACGAGAGGAAAUUCUUCAAAAGCUCGUCUUGAUGAAAAGACAAAAAAAGGAAACGGUCUGUGCCAGCUUUCUCUGCACUGGGACAGCCUGAAAUAACAGCGCGCAUUAUGGCUGGCGAUACCGCCUGCCAAACCACACGAAUCAAAGGCCUCAUUGUCUGGAUUACCUCGUUAAUCUGCUGAUGCCAUUGAGCAGUACUGUAGGUGUUAAUGUGCCAGUUUUUUUUUUUCUCUCUCUCUCUCUCUCUCUCUCCCUCUUUCUCUCUCUCUUCUUUUAUUGGGGAGGUGUAGUGUCAGGUUUGUAAUCUGCUUUAAAUGCUUUCUGGGGAAUGACACACUGAAACUCUGCCAAGAGAUUGCAAGGAGCUCUCUGUUAAAACGGCACAGGGAGGGGACGCGGCGCUGAAGCCUGUGGGGACGAGCCAGUGAGCUGCGCGCCCCACACCACUUGUUGAAAUAUAGGGCUGCAUGAAUAAUGAAAGAGGGAGAGGGAAGCGAUAUUGCUAAAGCAGUCCCACAAUGACAUCCAUCAUAGUAAUGCCCCAUCGCUCUGCUUCUUUUGUCUCGUCCCGGCACUAACUCCAAGUUGCGUCUCUUUGGAGGGGCGAGCCCAGAGUCGUGCUCUGUAUCUGCCCGGGCUGAUAGAAAGCAAAAAGAGAUAGAUAAACGCCCAGAAAGAGGGGAGAGUGGAGAGAGUGAGACAGAAAGUGAGGUAAUCCGUGCUUCUUUUCUGCUCCCCGGGGUGGUCUCUUCAUCCAGGGCCUCAAAGAGCGACAGAAUACACCUCCCUGCUACAAUGGAGGGGACCCACAGGGGCUGUUGCUAUUUGAGUGUGUAUGUGUGCGUAGUGGGGGUGCAGCUUUAAGCAGGCCUUUGAGUGGCCUAAUUGCAUUGGAAUACAGCAGCCUGAGAGCUGAUUCAGAUCACGACGGGCUGCUGGAGGGGUUAGCGCCCGCACCUCGACAGCCACACUCAGCAAAAGAGCCCCGGCACAAAGCGCACAAUUAAUGCUCUCCCUCUCGUUAACUCUCUCCCCACUUUUUGUCCUCCUACUUUUUCCUCUGAUCCCCCUCCUCGCACCUCAGUCUCCUCUCCAUCUUCCUGCUCCUCCAUCCCUCCCACCCGACCGACCGACCGACCGAACGGCUCAGUAUGUCGUCACUCACCCACUGUAUUAAUCCACCCAUGCAGCCUGUCAGUCUCCCCAUCUUUGAUGCACACAACAAUUACAGUAAAGAUGAAAGGCGUGGGUCGGCCGCUUCCCAUUAUGUAAGACUUCAAACGGGCCAUGGAGAAAAUGACUGAGAUGCAAGCAGCUAAUCUGAAA